AUGAAAUAUCCUUUAAAUUCAUUAAAUAAACAAUAACAUGGUAGAAGAAACAAGACCCACACCUUUCGAUCUUAUAACCUUCCUACCCUAUGCAUGCAAACAAUUAGAAGCUUCUUUUGAUGUUAAAGUAGAAACUCGAAUUCUGGAGGAAUAUGUGAGUGCACAAGAAAAGAGUAAAAAACCAAUCCGAGAGAAAUCCAUAAUGCAAAACACAUCUCCGAUGCCAAUGUCACCAGAGAAAAUAGAAUCUCCCGUGGUAUUCCUGAGUGAUAACCAAGACCUGGAAAUCGUGUGCAUCUGCGCCGUGUGUGACACUGCUGGCCGCCUCAUAGAGUUGCUCUUCCAACGAACAACUAUUCCUAGACUCCUCCUCAAAGUUGUUACUCUGUGCAUACCAUAUCAACCCUAUCUUAAUAAAAUAUCAAUACGGUUGAGCACGAUCGACGGUUAUACCCUACAUGAGAUCACCAAUUGUCUUCCACAAUCGCACAUCACAGAAAUAUGCCUCAAUGAUUCUCCAGUACUGCAACGCAACUACUAUUUGCUACUCGAAUAUCAAACCCAAUUGAAAUGUUUGAGUCUCGAUAGAUGUGAACUAGAGGAUGAUGAUUGUGCUGCAAUUGCUGCUAAGUUGGUGUAUCCCCUUCCAGCGUCGAGAACUCUGUGCGUUUUAUCUCUAGUUUCUAAUUCUAUAUCGGAUGGGGGCGCCUCAGCAUUAGCAACGAUGCUUCGAAGUAAUCGGCAGCUACGUUUCCUCAAUCUAUCUGGAAAUCACAUAACGAAUACGGGAGCGUUAGCCAUCUUUCAUAGUCUUAUGGAAUUCUCAAUGACAUACGAAGAGAUUAUAUCGAAACGAAUGCGAAACAUACAGUAUAUAAAGCUGCAGAAGGAAGUUUACACGAAAUGUUACAAUGAAUUGAUCAAUACGUUCCAUAACCGCAAGUCGAUCGAUGAGCGCAGUACGGGACGAAAGAAAAUCAUGCCAGCCCCCGCCAAAGCGCCACGCACUGCGCUCGUUAGCUCCCGACCGAGCCAGGUGGAUAACGUCGCCUUAAAAGCCGAGAUGAUGACUCUCGACCUGAUCGGCGCAUAUAACGAUCCGUUUUGUGAUAGGGAUACCGUACAUAAGAAUGAGUACCUAUACUCGAUCGGUAACAUGAGCCUUUCGUAUCUGAAUUUGUCCCAUAACUAUCUAGAGCAGCCGAGCAUAAAGAAAUUGGUGGAGGUGAUGCGGUAUCAGUCAAAUCGAGCGAAGAAGCCGCAGCCGGGUUUGGUGCGUGUUGUGAUAGAAGGAAACCCACUGCCGCUGAGCAGCCGUGAACUAGACGCGCUGCAGGACCUGGCGGACGCAGCGGGCGCCAACCGACUCGGGGGGAUCAACAAAAGUGAGAAAUUCAGGGGGAAGUUGAGAUAGCUUUUAUAGGCAUUUUAAUGUAAUUUAGAUUUAUGAUACGUUUUAAGAAUUUCAUA